AGUCAGACAGGAAGGCCUGGGGCUGAUAGCACCAGCAGAAAGGAAUGCCAUCUCAGUGAGCGAGUGGGGCCCAGGGGCAACGUCACGGUAGUCCCGCCCUCCUUGCUGUCACAGGUGCAGCCUGUCCCCUCCUUCCCCUGACCAGCCCAGCAUCCACACAGUCUACACAGGGCUCCCCUUGCUGCCCAGACAAGCUGAAGGACCACAGGAAAAGCCAUGGAGACUUCAGCAUCCUCCUCCCAGCCUCAAGACAACAGUCAAGUCCACAGAGAAACAGAAGAUGUAGACUAUGGAGAGACAGAUUUCCACAAGCAAGAUGGGAAGGCUGGACUCUUUUCCCAAGAACAAUAUGAGAGAAACAAGUCUUCCUCCUCCUCCUCCUCCUCUUCCUCCUCAUCCUCCUCAUCUUCUUCAUCCUCCUCCUCCUCCUCAGAGAGCAAUGAUGAGGACCAGCACCCCAGAGCAACCGGAAAACGACGGAGCCUGGGGGCUGGAUACCCCCACCGGAACAGCUCACCCGGUCCUGGGCAUGGGGAGCCUGACGUUUUGAAGGAUGAGCUUCAACUCUAUGGAGAUGCUCCUGGAGAGGUGGUACCCUCUGGGGAAUCAGGACUCCGAAGGAGAGGCUCUGACCCAGCAAGUGGAGAAGUGGAGGCCUCUCAGUUAAGAAGACUGAAUAUAAAGAAAGAUGAUGAGUUUUUCCAUUUCGUCCUCCUGUGCUUUGCCAUCGGGGCCUUGCUGGUGUGUUAUCACUAUUACGCAGACUGGUUCAUGUCUCUUGGGGUCGGCCUGCUCACCUUCGCCUCCCUGGAAACCGUUGGCAUCUACUUCGGACUAGUGUACCGCAUCCACAGCGUCCUCCAAGGCUUCAUCCCCCUCUUCCAGAAGUUUAGGCUGACAGGGUUCAGGAAGACUGACUGAGGCCACUGCCAGGUGGGCAGCAGAGGCAGGCCCUGGGGUGACCACCACUGCGACCCCUGAGCCCACAAGGGCGGAGCAGCGUUCUGAGAGACGCGCAGGAGACCAAGCCAAACCAAUAAACAGAACACUUUUCUUUC